AUGACAAAAGAUUACGUGAAUGGUGGCUCAGGAAUUCACAAAGACUUUAGCCAAAUAUUACCAGAUUUAUUCACUGUCUACCAGUAUACCAACAAUGAUGUAAUUACCGAAGAGGUUUUGCCAAAGAAUUUUCAUGAGCCUAAUCCAGCCAACAUUAUUUCCUCAUUGGAGGGAAAUGACGCAAAGGAGUUGACUAGUCUAUCCCAACAAUAUCAAGAUGGUAAGUACAACACUUCGCCAUACAAGUUGUUUCAUGAUAUCAAAGCAAUCUCGUCAAUUUUGUUAAAUAAAGAAAGUGAAAAGUCAGAAAAGUACAAGGAAAUUGAUUUUUUUUACAAAUUUUCCACUGAAUUGUUACUAAGAGAGGUUGGAACACUUGUUCAAAGUACAUCAAUUAAGUCGAACGAUAUCGACAACGAAUUAGAAUCCCAAAUUGAGGACGAUUUCAACAAGAUUUUGACCACAUACACACUUACUAAUGGGGAAAUUAUAACCUACAUUUCGAAAACAGAAGAGGAAGAUUAUCAAAGUCGCUCUAGCAUCUAUAAUCCACAUCAUCCACCACCAGUUAAACAAAAAAUCCAGCCGUUGUUCUCUUCAGUCAUAUCCAAAUCAAGCCUAGAUACAACACCUACUUUGGUUCCAGAGCCAUUCAGCGUAACAAAAGUCGUACCUACAAUAAAGGAUUCUAGUUCGAACAAUUUGUUGGAAAACACCUCCCCAUCUAGUGCUACAAUCCCACCACCAUUGGAAGGACCCGCUAAUAUUUUGCACGAUUUUUUCCAUCCUACAUGGUACACUGUUGCCAUGCCCAAUUGGUUGACAUACAAAGCAUUGACUUUGAGACCAAGUCCUAGCUUGCCUCAAUAUGCUGACCUUCCAAUUGCGUCGAACGAACCACCAACGUUGAACUUGUUACGAAGUCAUGACAUUGACAAAGGAGGCGCCAGUUCUUCUUGGGGUCAGGGUCAUAAUUAUCAAUCCUUUGCCCCCAGUAAAGACAACAAAGGUGCAGUAGUUUCCGACAGACUCAAAGCCAAUAUAUGGUUGCAACACAUUGGUUUUGCUGAAAUUGAGAAGUUGAAGAAGAGCUUCUUGCGUGAUGGUGAUGAGAUGGAUGAGGACACAGAAGUCGAAGAAUUGGAAGUCACUCAACCGGAAGGUUCAAGGGAGGUUGAGAAUGGCCGAGAAGAAGAAUUGAAGCUUGAAGAGACCACCAAUGAGGAAGAUGUUGAAAUCAAAGAUGAGAAUGAAAGUGAGAAAGAUUCACCUGUGCUAAGCUUGACCAAUUUGUUGAAAUGGGAUCCACUUGAAAUGAAAAGUCUAAAGUUUUUAAAAACUCAUCGUCAGGAAUUGUUGCAACCUUCAAAAUUACAACGCUUAAUUUCAAGCUCCUUGUUGAAACUCAACAAGUUGCGUCAAGAAAGGUACUUUAAAAGCGACGCUGGAAAUAUUCUCCCACCCAAUGAUGAAGAAAAACAAUUGUAUAGGUGCGUGCAACAAUUGAUUUUAUUGGCUAUGAAGUUGUACAAUGUUGGACCAAACGGCUUGGGAUUCAAAGUUAGUAAUAAAAUUCCAACUUUAACUAGCGAAUAUAAUGGUACUUUACCAGGUAUGCCUGCAUCGAGGUCAUUGGCGGGAUUGGGACCACCACUCACAGCAAAUCAUUUGACAAGACCAGGCAGGUUGCCUAGCUUGCGGUCAUCUGGUACUCGUGGAAGAAGAAGACUUCAUUAG